UAUAAAAUUACACGAGAAAUAAAUUGAAGAGAAAGAUCGCAUAAGUCGACGAGCCAUGCACGCAUAAGCUCGCGUUACGAAUUUCAAUCGGUGCGUCGUCCUCCUUUUUUCUUUAAAUUAUUCUUCGCAUUACCGUCUCCCGAAAAUUUUCUAUAGUCAACAGACAGAAUUAAUUCAGUGUUCAAAAACUUCAAGUACCGAGAGAAAUACGCGUUUUCGUGUAGAAAACAUUUCAGUGGCGUCCUUACUCGUGACAAAGAAUACGAAAAAAAAAUGCAGAGGGAAACUUUGACUCAUUUGAUGUGCAUUAUUCCGCGAGAUAUCGAAUUCAAUCAAAGCUCAAAGUCGAAAAGUAUGGGACAAAAUGAAGCAAACAAAAUUCCGAUUUCACCAGUAAUGAGUAUAGGCAGAGCAACAAUCAAUGUUGACUCCAUACCUGACCCAAAAAAGUGUUUGUGCAACAGGCCUCAACGAACGGUUGUUUGUAGCAACUGCGGCUUCAAAGCCUUUGGACGUAUUCAUUAUAUAUGUGCCAAGCAUCCUGGGACAAGUUUCUUACUUGAUUGGCCGCAAUGUCCACAUUGCAGGGGAUAUUGUCUCAGUGAAUAUUGAUAAUUUGAAGCUCCGAUCCGUCUUCAAUCGACUGAAAGACUUGAGAAGUGUUCUUUGAAAUUGAUAUUAUUUGAGAUAUGAUUUGAACAAUUAUCUCUGAGUAUUUCAGUGAAAUCAAAUCAUCAUCAAAGGAAGAAUUAAAUACGCUAGAAUAAUAUAUGCAAAAAAAGGACUGUUCCAAUGAAGCGAACUUUGAUAUUUAAAAAGAAUAAAUAUCAGUCUAACCAUAGGAACAGGAAAGACUCCCUAAGAGUUUCAAACAGCUCGUUAAGAGUUUCGUCAUUAUGUAUAAGGUCCAGAUUCAAUCAAAUGUUUAAAAGCAUUGAUCAGUGCCGAAUAUAUAAAAAGAGAAGAUAGCAUAAGUUGUUAGACAUUACACAAAGUUCUGGCUUUAAAAUAUCGUUUGCGGUUGUCAUUGAUGAAGAAAUUUCUCUUUGUGGCCAGUUGAAAAAAGUUGAUUAGUUUGGGAGUUACCAUGAUAUUAAAGUAUUUUUAAGAAAUAAUUUAAGGUUUGACAAUACUAUGAGUCUAUUGGAAAGAAGAAGUUUAAAAUGUUAUACAAAUAUAAGGUCGAAUAUAUAUUUAUGUUUCUGUGCUUGGACCCGAGAGGACUUGAUAAUGAACUAACAUUGAAGUUUCAUUGAGCAGUCAUAUUUAUGUUCAUUUUCGAUGUGUGACAAUGACAAUAUUGAAUUACAAUCAGUUUUUCAUGCUCACUGUUCAAACAGUUUCGAUGAACGCUGCCAACGUUUUCAUCUAAAGAAUCCCCACAAUAUUAUUGAAAAAUCAAUUUUCCGUUCGACUAACCUCUUCGGUUCCUAACGCUCGAAAAAAAUGGUCCACGUCGUGAAUUUCAUUGAAAUAAACUGAUAUUUUAUUACGGAUUGUAAUAGAUAUAUAUAAUUAUAGAAAAAUUGAAGUACAAGUUCGAUUAUAACGAUA